GACACCAGACAACCUGCUGGAGAAGUAGUGAACCUUCAGGACCCUAAAGUUGUCAAAGUGUUCUCCGGGCCAGGGCUGGAAGCCUCUGAUGGACCAGCCCACAGAGCACAUUCCAUGUGGUUCAGCUCAGUCAAGCAGCAAAUUGACGUUGAUCGUGACGCUGGAUCACCAAUUGUUGCUUGGACCGGGACCGUCGACGCAUCCCGUGAAACAUUGUGAUUUUUUCCGCCAAUACUUUCUGCAAAGGCUCCAUUAA